AUGGGUGGUCUACCUCUAUGGAGAAGCCCCUUAUCAAAAGCGAGCGAUCGACGAGGUCAAAUAGUCGACGAAGUGGCCGAUCUGACAACCCAAGAUGAGACGCUGUUUGACAAUCCACAGUUCGAGCACUAUGAAGCAACCUCCAACAUUCAACUCUUUUUUGAUCUCUUCUUUGUUGCCAAUUUGACCUCCUUCACAAAUACUCAUGAGAUCAAUAGUUCACAAAAACUAAGCUCCUACAUCGGGUUCUUCUGCAUCCUAUGGUUUACUUGGGCCCAGGUCACUUUAUAUGAUGUCCGGUUCGCCACAGACAGCAUCAUCGAACGCGUCGCCCAUGCGUGUCAUUUUGGAGUUAUGGUCGGAAUUGCGAUCAUUGGACCAGAGUUUCUAACGGAAAAUGAGGGGUGGGGACCUUUGCAGCAGCUGUCACUCAUCCUGAUGGCGAGUCGGGUGGUUCUUUUCUGUCAAUAUGGGUCAACUCUAUUCUUUACCUGGAGGUAUCGCGCCACCCGUUUGCCCUUGAUAGCAGUGAUGGCGUCCUUGUUCGUUGCUGUGUUCAUCUAUCUCGGUUUAUCGUUUGCCUUCUACCGACGUACAGCUUACGACGCAUACAUCGCCUGGCAUGUAGUUGCUGUGAUGGAGGUCGGGGUCAACCUGACCCUUGCAGCUCAGUGGGAAGCCAUGUCGUUUGAGAGGACACAUCUCAUAGAGCUCGGCGAGGGCAUCAUCGGCCUAACCAAGACCAUUAUCAAGAUUGAGACAUUUGACCUCAGAUUCACCUCCGCAGAUAUUGGUUCUAUUAUAUCAGCAGUGCUGGUCAUUUACCUUGUAUAUCAACUAUAUUUCGAUAAUGUCCGCAUGGAGCCAUUUGGUUCCGUCAACCAGCAGUUGUGGUCUUUACUCCACUUUCCUUUCCAUCUAGCUCUUGCUCUCAUGAUGGAAGGGACUAACCAGAUCCUACUGUGUGCUCAUGUUGUUCGAGACCUUUUUAAUUUGACAGCUAUUUUCGAAGGAGAUGUCUCACUGCAUGAUAGGCUCAUUACGCUGAAUGAGACAGUCCAUACCAUCUAUGAGAGAUUCCCCUCCACAGAGGCUGUUAUUAACGAGGUUGAAGAGUCCUUGCAUGCACUUUUGGAAUCUACUGCCAAUACCACGCAGGAAGAGAUGUUGGCAGAAUGUCAACUCGUGGUAAAGGAAAUGGCCAAAACAGCCAUUGAAGGUUACGGUUGGGAACCUCCAAAGGAAGUCGCCGAGGCGGACUUUGCGGGAUACGGAGACUAA